AUGCUGACCUUGGCCCAAUGCCUGCUGAUGCUGGUGGCUGUGGCUGAGUUCUUUGUCGGGCUGGCUGGGAACGGAGCCCUUGUGAUCUGGAGUCUUGGAGAAUGGGCCAGGAGAGCCAGACAGUGGCCCUACAGCUGCAUCCUCCUAGGCCUGGCCACCUCCCGCUUUCUGCUGCAGUGGCUGAUCAUGCUGGACCUCUGCCUGUUCCCACUCUAUCAGAGUAGCAGGUGGCCCUACGGCCUCAGUUUCGUCUGGGUCCUGGUGAGCCAGGUCAACCUGUGGUUCACCACCUUCCUCAGUGUCUUCUACUGUCUGAAGAUCACCACCUUUGAGCACCCCGCCUACCUGUGGCUGAAGCAGCGAACCUAUCACCUGAACUUCUGGUGCUUCCUGGGCUCCUUCAUCAUGGGAUUGGUUUUUUUGGCCCAUGUUUCCCAGAACCCCUAUUCUGCUUCGCUGGGGAACAGCAGCAUUGCAGCCCCCCUUUUAAGCCAGCACUAUUUUUAUAUAUUGAGGCUGAAUUCAGGAAGUUGGCUCCCUUUCUUGGUGUUUCUCCUCUACUGUGGGAUGCUGAUGGCCUCUUUGUACAGACACUACCAGAAGAUGCAGGUCUUCAUGGCGGGCAGGCGGGAUGCCCAGGCCCAGGCUCACAUCACAGCCCUGAAAUCGCUGGGCUGCUUUCUGGUGCUCCACAUAGUGUAUGUCCUGGCCAGUCCCUUUUCCAUCAGCGCCAAGUACCCCUCCCUGGACCUCACCUCUGUCUUCUUCUCCGAGACGCUCAUGGCCGCAUCCCCUUCUCUUCACUCAGCCAUUCUGGUCCUGGGCAACCCCAGGGUCAAGCAGCUUUGUCAGAGAGUUCUGUGGAAGCUGGUGGGUGCCUGCAGAAGUCGGGGCCCAUGA